CUAUAUACUACCCUGCACGAUAAAUACGAAAUUAAUUACUUUUCUUGCCGCAUUUGUCAUUAAUUAUUACCCAAGUUGUAAGUUAAUUAAGUAAUAGUUCCACUUCUAUACGACGUCCUAAAUAUUUAUGAAUUCUGCACUAGACGCUUUCACUUUCGUUUAAAUUUAAAGAUAGUUUCUUUUAAAACCAAUUGUAAACACAUUCCACAAAUAAACGUUAUAAAAAUGAUUUUUCCGAAGUUAAUUAUCUUGUCAUUCUUGAUCGGCUUAUGUCGAGGGGAAAUAGCCACCCUUGUAAAAGACUUAGUUCAAUUCAAUGUCGCCGGACAUCCGGUUCUACAUAAAGACCAAAUGUGGCCUUUUGAUCCAGACGUUGGAAUAAGACGUUCCAGACAAUAUACAGAAUUAAAUGGGUAUCUUGGAGAAAAAGCCAUAGAGAGAUUGGGGUUAGGUAUCGAUGGUUUCGAUAGAGAAAGGUUAGCGGCGCAAAGAAUUAGAGACGCAGGCCAUCUAGGAGGAGUUGAAUAUAACGGUCAAGAUGGUUUAUAGAAAUACGUCAAAUAAAUAUUUA